CCUCAACUGCUCCUUUCUUGCCUCCUAGACAUGACACAGUACUUGGUAAACAAGAGGAAAAUUUGCAAAGUAUCCUAAGCUUCAUCUUUAGCUCAGCUGUUUCUUCUGAGUGUCUCAGGGGAAAAAAAAUUUUCUUUUACUUAUAUCUCAACAGCUAAGGAAGCUCUCUUCAGUCCCACUUUGUUUCACAUUCUAACAACAUAAACAAAGCAAAAAUAACUUGUGUCUCUGAACCAAGUUUGCCUGCCUUUGCUAGUUGUGGAUGCAAGUUUCCCUUCAAACAGGAUCCUUCCUUCCCAAGUGCAUGCUCCAAGGAGCCUGCCCUCCCUGCUGUGGAUGGCUUUGUCUGUGGACUCGGCUUGGUACCGCUGGCAGCGACGGGGAGCUCACAGUCCCUCCCAGGCUCCAUCAGAAUCAACACCGCUGCUGUUUUCUGUCAGAGCCAAACCAAAACUCAGUCUAAACACAUGGAGGAUUGUGCUGCCUGACAACGAGAGACAGUGGAAAGGCUGGAAACAAGCUUCUACAUUUUAUUCUAGAAACAGGAUACAGACCACAAAGUACACAUGGUUCACUUUUUUGCCCCAAAAUCUUCUGAGGCAGUUUCACAGGCUGGGUAAUCUUUACUUUUUCUUUCUGGUGGUUCUGAACUGGUUCCCACAAGUGGAAGUCUUCCACAGGGAGAUUACGAUGCUGCCUCUGGUCAUGGUGCUGCUUGCCAGCAUGAUUAAGGAUGCUAUUGAAGACUACAGAAAAUACCAGUAUGACAAGACAAUAAACUUCACUAAAACCAGGGUAUAUGACAAGGAGGAACGUGCUUACGUGGAGAAGUGCUGGAAGGAUGUCAGAGUGGGGGACUUUGUGCAGCUGCAGUGUAACGAGAUCGUCCCAGCAGACAUCCUGCUGCUCUACUCCUCUGACCAGAACGGGAUCUGCCACCUGGAAACCGCCAACCUCGACGGGGAGACCAACCUCAAGCAGCGCCGCGUCGUGAUGGGCUUCAGCAGCCAGGAUACUGUGUUUGAACCAGAAUUUUUCCAAAACACCAUCAUCUGUGAAAUGCCAAACAAUGAUCUCAAUAAAUUCAAAGGUUAUAUGGAACAGCCAAACCAUGAACAGGUAGGUCUCAACAUUGAAAACCUCUUGCUUCGUGGAUGUACCAUCAGAAAUACUGAGGCUGCAGUAGGAAUCGUUAUCUAUGCAGGUCAUGAGACGAAGGCCAUGCUGAACAACAGCGGCCCUCGCUACAAGCGCAGCAGGAUAGAGCAGAGGAUGAACAUGGAUAUUUUCUUAUGUGUGGGACUCCUGUUUGUGAUGUGCCUUGUUGGAGCUGUAGGACAUUGCAUUUGGACUGGAAACUUUUGGGAGCAUCCACCUUAUGAUGUCCCAGACCUGAAUGGCAAUUUUGUGUCUCCAAUUCUUGCUGGUUUCUACAUGUUCCUGACAAUGAUAAUCCUCUUGCAGAUUUUAAUCCCCAUAUCUCUUUAUGUGUCAAUUGAGUUGGUCAAACUGGGCCAAGUCUUCUUAAUUCACAAUGACAUUGACCUGUAUGAUGAAGAAGCAGAUUUGCCCAUCCAGUGCCGUUCCCUCACUAUUACUGAAGACCUUGGACAGAUCCAGUACAUCUUCUCAGACAAAACUGGGACACUAACAGAAAACAAAAUGGUAUUCCGACGCUGUACUGUUGAUGGAAUUGAGUUUUCCCAUCAGGAAAAUGACAGGCGACUGAAAACACAGAGAGAGCUGGAUUUAGACAAUGAGGAUUUUGCAAAGCUUCAGCAUUUCACUCUUCCUCCCAUGAAUCUUGGGAGGCCAGCCACCUACAAGCAGAGCACCAUGAGGCCCUUGAGGAGGUGCCAGAGCGACCGGGCGCGUCCCCAGGGGCACAGCAGGAGCAGGUCGGUCGGGCGGCGCGACAGCAGCCAGUCCCAGGUGGCCUUCAGCAGCCCCAUCGAAAAGGACGUGACUCCCGACAGCAGGCUGCUGAGGCGAGUGCGAGAAGCUGCCCUCCAGACUGAAAGCUUCUCUCCUUUUAUCCAUAUGAAGACUUCCACAUCCUUUACUGACUUUUUCCUUGCUCUUGCCAUUUGCAAUACAGUUCUGGUCUCCACAGCUACUGAGCCAAGGCAAAGGGUCACAAUCCCACCACCAAUAAAACCUUCAGGAAUCACCCUGGAGAAGAUUCAUCAGAUAUUUCAAAGGCUAAAAUUAGCAAGCCUUAGUCAAUCUUUUUCAUCAUCUCAGUCUAGCUCACAACUUGGUGCCAGCUUCAGCGCAAAGAACACCGAGGAGCCUCUUGCUGUGCUGGAGGGCUGUGACAAUGAAAACGACGGCUCUGCCAGCAGUGGAGGCCAGGAGCUCCAGGACAAGGGCAGCACAGAGAUUGGUGCUCCUUCCUUGGAUGAAGUGUUUGGGUCUGCAACCAACACUUCUCUGCCAACAGAGUUUUGUUACGAGGCUGAGAGCCCAGACGAGGCAGCUCUGGUCUAUGCUGCCCAGGCCUACGGCUUCAUCCUGGUGUCCCGGACGCCCGAACAGGUCACAGUGCAGCUGCCACAGGGCACGCUGCUGACAUUUGACAUCCUCUACACCCUGGGGUUUGACUCAGUCAGGAAAAGGAUGUCUGUGGUGGUGAGACACCCUCUAACCCAGGAGAUUGUUGUCUACACAAAAGGUGCUGACUCUGUAAUAAUGGACCUGCUGGACAACUCCACCACAGGUGACAUUAGCUCAGAUAAGAGACAGAAAAGAAUAAAAGAAAGAACACAGAAGCAUCUGGACUACUAUGCCCAUGAUGGACUGAGAACCCUGUGCAUAGCUAAGAAGGUCUUGAAUGAAGAUGACUUUAAAAAAUGGGCCAAUUUUCGUCGGGAGGCAGAAGCUGCAAUUGACAACAGAGAGGAGCUGUUAAUAGAGACAGCACAGCAUCUGGAGACCAAACUCACCCUGCUGGGAGCAACAGGGAUUGAAGAUCGCCUGCAAGAUGGAGUACCUGACACUAUUGUGUCUCUCAGAGAAGCUGGGAUAAAAAUUUGGGUGUUGACAGGAGACAAACAGGAGACAGCAGUUAACAUUGCAUACUCCUGUAAGCUUCUGAACCAAAGGGAUACUGUCUUCACCAUUAACACUGAAAAUAAGGAAACUUGUGAAUCUCUCCUGAAUUUAACCCUGGAAGAGGUGAAGAAGAAUUACGAGUACGACAAACCACAGAGGAAACUUUUUGGCCUCAUGCCACCAUCUUUCUCAGUCCCUGAGGCCCCCGGCCCCGAGUUUGGGCUGGUGAUCGACGGGCGGACGCUGAACGUGAUCUUGCAGGGCGGGCUGGAGGAGAAGUUCCUGGCGCUGGCGCGGCACUGCCGCUGCGUGCUCUGCUGCCGCUCCACCCCUCUGCAGAAGAGCAUGGUGGCCAAGCUCGUCCGGAGGCAGCUCAAAGCCAUGACCCUCUCCAUAGGGGAUGGUGCAAAUGAUGUAAGUAUGAUUCAAGCAGCUGACGUUGGAAUUGGAAUAUCUGGCCAAGAAGGCAUGCAGGCUGUGAUGGCCAGUGACUUUGCAAUAUCCCGAUUUAAGCAUCUCAAAAAGCUCCUUCUUGUCCAUGGACAUUGGUGCUAUGCUCGUCUGGCAAAGAUGGUGAUUUACUUUUUCUACAAAAAUGUGUGCUACGUCAACCUGCUCUUCUGGUACCAGUUCUUCUGUGGCUUCUCAGGCAGCACCAUGGUAGAUUACUGGCAGAUGAUUUUUUUCAACCUCUUCUUCACCUCAGUGCCCCCUCUUCUCUUUGGAGCCCUUGACAAAGAUGUUUCUGCAGAAACGCUCCUACGUCUGCCCGAGCUGUACAAGAAUGGACAAAAUUCAGAGAUAUACAACUUGUCAGCUUUUAUUAUUACGAUGUUGGACGCCUUCUAUCAAAGCCUCAUUUGCUUCUUUGUCCCCUAUUUGACAUACAAAGACUCUGACAUAGAUGUGUUUUCCUUUGGAAACCCCAUCAACACCAUCUCCCUCCUGACCAUUCUCUUGCACCAGGCUCUAGAAAUGAACACAUGGACCGUGCUGCAGCUGGUGACAAUGAUCUGCAGUGUGGCUUUAUACCUCAUCUUCUCCAUCAUCUACAACGCUGCCUGCCUGCUCUGCAACCCCCCCACCAACCCCUACUGGAUUAUGGAGAGGCAGCUCAAAGACCCCAUCUUCUAUUUAUUGUGCCUCAUCACCCCUGUCAUCGCGCUCUUACCAAGGUUCUUUAUUUUUGCUCUACGAGGAACCCUUGGAGCAUCUCUUGUUCUGAAAGCACAGCAAGUAGAUAAACUUCCUAAGGAGCAACAGGAUCUUGAAAUCCAGAAACUAAGGUCAAGAAAAGAAAUUACUUCGAGUGCACCUCUGGCCGCACCUGCCUCUAAUGAGGACCUUGACCCAAGCAUCAGCCACUUAUGUGUGUCACCAUUUCUACAUCCAGCAGCAGCCCUGUCUCCCAGGGACACAGAAAAUCAGGGAGUUUCUGCCUCUCAUCCUCUCGGCAGAAGGACACAUGAGGAAGGCUAUUACUUCUUUAACAGGUGGGCAGAGGAAGAAUCUGCUGCUACUGAUUCUUCAGCAGGACCUUCCUCUGGCCAUUAUCCCCUUGUAGCCAGCAGGGAAACAGCUCCUGGGCAGGAUGGUGGCAAACUGACUAAAGAUUAUCUCAAAAACUUUAAUUGCGGAAGCCACCGGCGGUCAGUGAGUUCAGUGACACUCUGAAGAAACGUUCAGAAAUGGAACCCACAGCCCAUGUGGAGAAGGACUCAACAGGGAAAAUAAAAAUGUUUAUGCUUAGCCAUUAUUCUCACCAGAAAUGGAGAGAGAGGCAACUGGAGUGGUGCAAUAGCAACUCCAAUAUGCAGCUUUGGCUGAAUGCAUCAUUGUCUGGGUUUAUCAGUGCAUGAUUUUUUGAUCUUCCUGGUUUGGUCAUGUCACAGGAACAUUACAUGAGCAUCGUGCAGUUGCUGAGAAUUGCACAAUUACUUUCUUUUAACAGAUAUUUUUGUAUCAUAUUAAUAGGGAAUACUUGUGAAGUUUCAAUGUCGUUAUUAUUAUGCUAUUGAGUUAAUAGAAAGAGAAUCCAUUCUUUAUUAAACCAAGUCAAAGCAAUGCAUCCCACUCUAGAUUUUUACUAUCCAAGUCUUAAAAAGAGCUUAGUAACUUAAAAAUUAUAAUUCUGUGUGAAAAAUUACUACCUGCAGAUACUAAAGGUACUUGCAGAAUAAUAGCAAUGGAGAGGCAUUAGAGAGUGUUCCAGGUUUUAAUACAUGUACUUUACACAUACAACAAUAUCAGCUCUACAGCCUCUGUUCCCUGAAGAGUAAGAUUUUUAUGCAGAUAGCAGUUUGACCUGAUAUCGUUAAGAAAAGGACAAAUGAGCUUAUAAAGUUGAAGAAUACAAAUACUGAACUACGUGAACUGCCAAGACAACUCGGUGGUAAAAGGAGUCUACUUCUUCAUACCUACAAAAGUAGACAGAUAUAACAAGUCACAUUCAAGGAUUUAUGUCCUAGAAUUCUUAAAUUGUCCCUGAUUUUUCUUCUAGAAAUUCAGUUUCUCAUUUCAGUUCCCUAUAUUGUUAUGUGGUGCUGCUGCAUUCAAUCAAGUAUGAGUCAUGCUCCUCCCCACAGCUGGUCACAAUCAUUAGCUGAUGGAUCUCAAUAAUGGAGAUUUUGACAAGCCAUCUAUGAAGGUGCCUAAUCACACUGUAGUAAGUACAUGGUGUAAAUGGUCUACAUGGUGUAAAUGACCAAAAUAUGCAUAAUAUGUUAGCCCUUUUCUGGUAUCUCAGGGCAAAAAGAUGCAGAAGGAAACCAUAAGAUGUCACCAUCAUAACUACUUAUUGCAAUGCAAUGAAAGGUGACUGAUAUUUCUUAUAGAAAUGUUGACUAGUAAGACCAUUUCCCAAGGUUUUCUUCACAAUGUGGGAUAAAAUCUUACCUAGUUUAAAAUUCAAAGCACCUGUACUUUUGUGAAUCUACCACUGGUUCUGAUUUAAUAGGUUUUUAGCCUUUUUUAUACGUUCUGUGUUUAGCUAUUUACUACCUAUGACAACAUGUGAUCUUUCUAAUAACCUAUUUAGCAAAUGCUAAUUUAACUUCUGUAUGUUAUAAUAAUUACUGUAGCUAGAGUCUUCAAGUUCUUACUUUAAAACAACUCAACUAAAAUUGAGUAGCAUAUCUCCCAGUGGGAUUUCUGGUAGCCAGAGCAAGAUCAUAUGUUAAGAACUCCUUUUGUUACAGUAUUAAUUGUCAGCAAUUAAACAAUUCAGUAAGAGAUUUCUUUUUUUCUGCUUUAUGAGCAAAAUGAAGGAAAAUAGGUACAGAUGAGAUUAUUGUUAAUGGAGGGUGAGAUUGCUCAAAUGUUUGCUCACUAGCUGGAACAGAGCUGGGGCAGCAAGACUAAAGAACAAUCCUUUACCAUUCACAGCUUUUUUUUACAUUAAAUGGCCCAUUUCCUUUGAGCUUAAAGAUGUCACUUGCUUACACAUUGUACUACAAAAUGUGAAGUGUUUUAUAGAAAUAAGUGUGAUAAGGUCAUGCCUUGCUGUGUUGUUGAGAAAACAAAAACAGAGGUGAAGGAGUGCUUUUCCUACAGUCACCCCUGAGCAGCAAACUCCUGCUUGCAGAGGCUGCUCCUCUGCAGAGCAGGAACCCUUACCAGAAGAGCUAGAUGACAAAUGUAUCUGAAUGUGCACGGGGCUAGACAGGAUGUGUUUAACCAAAUCUGGAAGACUUCCUGAAUUGAAUGCCAGUUGUAUGCUUUCCUGAAUUGAAGGCCAAGAAUUAAUCUCAUGUUUUCUCAUCAGUCUCUGCAAAACGGUUCUACCAUGGAUUUUGCCCUGGCUUAGGCAGAAGGGCAUACAGAAAUAGCAUAGAGGGGAGGGAAAACAGGAUUGAUUAGGAACUCCAGCAAAAUAACCCCCUAAAAGCUAUUUAGUGAUGCAUUUCCUGCUGUGUCUGGAAAUAAAAGAAGUGGAAGAGUCCUUUUCUAAGUAUUUUCUAGGCUGCAACCAAAAAUAGUUAUGUUGGUUAAAAGAAAUAAAUAAAUAAUCAACUUUGCAUGGAUGCAAUUUUGUAUGCCUUAAAUAAUUCUGUAGCUAAACACACAAACUGAUAAUUUUAUUGUGUAGAAGAUUGCCACAAAUGGUCCAAUGGAUGAAUUUACCCGGAGUUUGCAACAUAGAGGAAAACCACCCCUUCAUUUUCCUUGAUCCUUGAGGAGAGAGAAAGCUGAAAUAAACAGAAAAGAAAGGCAGCACCAUGCAAGGCUUGACCUCUGCAGUGCAGCUGGCUCCAGAGCUUUCUAUAUCUCCCCUCCAGUGCUGCCAGCCAUCCUCUGAAGCAGAUGCUGCCUCAGUUUGGACCCAUAUUAACUGCUAAACAGUGUGAUCUUCCUUCUGCUCCUGGCUAUGCACUUACCAUGAACUAGCUCUUGUUAAAAAAAAAUGUUGAACAGGCACUUACUUCCCUUUGAUCAUGAGGUAAAUUAGCUGAGACUAUCCAUCCUUUGGGGAUGUAAGAUCAAGAGAAAAAACUUUCUUUUCCAGUGAAAACAAGCCUACAGCAAGACAGAUACUCUCCUAAGGAAUUUCUUUGGAAGAAGGGAAGUGUAUUUACUAAAUGGGUUAUUUAGACCUAACUGGAUUUCCAAGGUAGCUUUAUUUAUUUAUUUCAAGACAUAUUUAAUAAUACUGUCAAGGUCCAUGUUCCAUUAAUUCUAAUGUGAAUGCUCCAUAACAGAACAGGUGUCUCAUUUUUAAUGUAACCUCUGGUGAUACUCAAUAUUUCAUAUGCUUGGAUAA